CCAAGCACAUCCAGCUGUUGGCGUCUCGUCUGAAGUGUCUGCAGUGUUUCCGUGCUCACGCCCACAGAGUGAAAAACUGCUAGUUCCCAUCAUGACUACGUUGGACAUUCGGCUGAAAAAAGUGAAUAAGGUGUACCACGAAGGCGAGACAGUGGCUGGAGUUGUGAUAGUGGAAAGCAAGACUGAAACCAAGCAUGAGGGCCUUACGUUGUGGCUCGAGGGCACUGCCAGCAUGCAGCUCAGUGCCAAAAAUGUCGGCAUCUUCGAGGCAUUUUACUCGUCCGCCAAGCCCGUGCAGCUUAUUGGCUACUCGCUCGAGAUAGCUAAAGCUGGCCGCCUGCCCGCUGGCCGCACCGAACUGCCCUUCGAACUUCCCCUGAGACCUCGACCAGGCCGAACAUUGUACGAGACUUACCAUGGAGUCUUCAUCAACAUCCAGUACCUCUUGCGAUGUGAGAUGAAGAGAUCACUGCUGAGCAAGGAUGUUCAGAAAACACUUGAGUUCAUUGUUGAGUUGCAGGAAGGCGCCGAGAAGGCAACACCAGUUCCAGUUAACAUCAACAUAACACCAGAGUCACUACAGAACGUUCGAGAUCACUCGAGAGUGCCUCGGUUCCUCAUCAAAGGACGGAUUGACAGCACUUGCUGCUGCAUCACCAAGCCCUUCACUGGAGUGCUAUCAGUGGAAAACUGCGACUCUGCCAUCCGCUCCAUCGAACUCCAGUUAGUGAGGGUGGAGACAUGCGGCUGCGCUGAGGGCUACGCCCGUGAUGCCACUGAGAUCCAGAACAUCCAGAUUGGGGAGGGCGAUGUGUGUCGAGGCAUCGACAUCCCUAUCUACAUGGUUUUUCCAAGGCUCUUCACCUGCCCUACACUCAUCACCAACAACUUCAAGAUAGAGUUUGAAGUCAACAUUGUGGUGGUGUUCGAAGAUGAUCACCUAAUGACCGAGAACUACCCAAUAAAGCUAACUAGAUUUUAAUAUACUGA